AUGAAAAAAAAAUCUAAUCGCGAUGAUUCAGAUGAAUUUGACGUUGAUGAACCAGAAGAAUUUAAAGAUUCUGGAUCAGAUUGGGAUCUUGAAGAAGAGGAAGCUGGAAAAAAACGUAAGGGAAGACCCAAAGCUACACCUAAAAAAACAACUAGUAAUAAAAAAAAGAAAGUUGAAAGUCCUCCACCUGAAGAAGAGGAUGUAGAAAAUGAAGAGGAGGAAGCAGGAGGAGAAGAAGAAGAAGAAGAAGAAGAAGAAGAAGAAGAAUCUGAAGAAGAGUCUGCAGGACAAGAGCAGACAGGUGCUAAUGGAACCACCACUCCUAAUAUUACAAUAAAGGCAUUCACAAAUGGUUCAUUUGUAGUAUUAAAAACAGAUUUUCAAACAAAAGAAAAUCCACCCAUAUGGAAAAUUGAUGGGAAAGCUCUAUUACAAAAAUAUAUACCUUUCGAACAAGAUGGUAAAACAUUAUAUAAAAAUACAUCGACAUAUUCAGGAUGGACACAGAGUAAUCAAGAUCAUUACACUCCAGCUCCAAAAUGA